UUAUGAGUCAAUUACUACUUUCUAUGUUUACGUUGUGUACGCGCGCUACGAAAUUGACUCGUUCAAGUCGGCGUAAGAUUUUGAGAUUAUCGAGUCGCUCUUUGAUUUCUCUCUGAGGUAACAGCAAAUUUUAUAGGUUGAUCGAACUCUUGUGCGUUUAAUUUUUCUGACGCUUCUUAAUACAGUUUUCAAUUGAAUCAAUAAUUAGAAAAGAAAACCAUUAUGGAUAAUAAAAGGUCAAAUGAUGAUGUGGAACCAACCAAUGUGGAUUCUACGGUGACUGAAUCACCAGUACUAAAGAGAGCCAGAAAUUACCCGGAUAACAUCGCGCUCGUGGUAGGUGGAUCAGUAGUAUUAUCACAAAAACUAGAUUACAACCAAAAGGAACAAAAGAUAUUAGAUCCAACCAAUGUUUAUUCCCUGGAAACUGAACCAAAAGUAGAUGCACCAAAGAUAUUAGAUCCAACCAACGUAUACUCCAUGGAAACUGAAUCAAAAGUAGAUGGACGAAAGAUAUUAGAUCCAACCAAUGUGUAUUCCCUGGAAACUGAACCAAAAGUAGAUGCACGAAAGAUAUUAGAUCCAACCAAUGUCUAUUCCAUGGAAACUGAACCAAAAGUAGAUGCACCAAAGAUAUUAGAUCCAACCAAAGUAUACUCCAUGGAAACUGAAUCAAAAGUAGAUGGACGAAAGAUAUUAGAUCCAACCAAUGUCUAUUCCAUGGUAAGUGAACCAAAAGUAGAUGCACGAAAAAUAUUAGAUCCAACCAACGUAUACUCCCUGGAAACUGAACCAAAAGUAGAUGCACCAAAGAUAUUAGAUUCAACCAAUGUUUAUUCCCUGGAAAUUGAACCAAAAGUAGAUGCACCAAAGAUAUUAGAUCCAACCGAUGUCUAUUCCAUGGAAAGUGAAUCAAAAGAUAAUCUCGAUGAUUCUGUAAAAACUGAUCAAUUCUUGUCUCCAAGCACGAGACAAACCCAUUUAACACCAAAAUCAAGAGCCGAUCUCAAUAGUCCUGACAAUGAUUAUAUCUUAUCUCCAAACUCAAGUCGAGCCCAUCUCACUCCUACAAGAAAAACUAGGCACUUUAAAAAACAUUCACAUCACGCAUCUUUAGAAUCGCUUGCAAGUCCAAACGAUUCUAAAAAUAUUCAAUGACAAAUGAAAUUUGGUAACGUUAGUAAGCAAGACAAUUGAUUGAAUUCAACUACAAUUCUUUCAAUAUAAAUUUAAUCUUUGAUUUAGUGACAAUUAUUCUAAAUAUAUUAAGUUGAAAAUAUAGUAAGAAUCUUUUAUAAUCCAUAAAAUAAUCUAAUAAUUCAUACAUUUAUUCUUUCGCAAAAUUCAAAAGCUUAUAAAAUACUAAAUAUUGCUAGCUAAAGGAGAUUUUUAAUAUGACACAAUACUUAUUAUAGAAUUCAAUAGCUUUUUUCACCUGUUUUUUGUACCAUCGAUAUCAUGUAGUAUUUUGUGGAUUAAUAAAUCCAAAUUACCCUCACAUAAAAUAUUGUCAAUUGCAAUUGAAAUUUGUAAAAAAAAAUGAGGAAAUGAUUAAAACAAGAUAACAAUUUUUUUUAAACGUAUUAUAACCUAACAAUUGUAUCGCAGUAACGCUCACUUUAAAAAAAAUUUUAUUAUUUUGUACAAGAAAUAUUUGACCAAUGGUAAAAAUGUAAAUUGAUGCAGAAGUAUCAGUAUACUUAUUUGCUAAAAUGUAAGACGCGUACAUAAAAAUAAAAACAAUUUCAUUCUGUGCA